UUUUUUUUUUUUUUUUUUUUUUUUUUUUUUUUUUUGCGAACCCUAAUAACCAUGCCCGUCGAUAAUUACACGAAGCCACCUCUCCUCAAACCCUUACUCCUCCUCCUCCCUCUCUCCUUCGUCCUCCUCCUCCUCCUCCUCGUGCAUCGCUCCGAUCCCUCCUCUCCCCAACCCGGAUCCUUCGCAUCGUCAUCGUCCUCGUCCUCGUCCUCCCAUGGGAGCCCUCUCAUCCGGAUGCGGCGCACGUUCCGGUCGUACGACGAGUACCUGAAGCUGCAGCUCAACAAAACCCUAGACCCGCGCCUGCGCCGCGUGUGGGCGACGCGCGACUGGGAGCGCAAGGUCAACGCCUUCGCCCGCUUCUUCGCCCGGCACGCGGCCCUCGGCCUCCUCUCCAACGCGUCCCGCGCGCUCUGCGUCGGCGCGCGCCUCGGCCAGGAGGUGGCCGCGCUCCGCCGCAUCGGCGUCGCCGCCGCGCUCGGCAUCGACCUGGCGCCGGCGCCGCCGCUCGUGGCCGAGGGCGACUUCCACGCCCAGCCCUUCGCCGACGCCUCCUUCGACUUCGAGUUCUCCAACGUCUUCGACCACGCCCUCUACCCGGACCGCUUCGCCGCCGAGAUCCAGCGCACGCUGCGCCCCGGCGGCGUCGCCGUGCUCCACGUCGCCCUCCACCGCCGCGGCGACAAGUACUCCGCCAACGACAUCCUCGGCCUCGACGGCGUCCUCGCCCUCUUCAACCGCUCCCACCUCCUCCGCGUCUCCAAGAUCGACGCAUUCGGCCUCGACACCGAGCUCAUCCUCAGGAAGAACAUGAACGAUUAAUCACCACACAACAUUCCUUUCUAUUCCUUCCUUUUUUCCUUUUUCCUUUUUCUUUUUUGUUCCCAAUAAUUGAUUUUUUUAGAUGAUUUUUUCUCUCUCUCUCUCUCUCGCCAAGUGUAGAGGUUUUUGAAAUUUUUGGCAAACGUACCGCGGUGGUAUUCGAAUUAUACGGCACGAGAAAAAGCAACGGUGGGUUUUGUUUUUGUUUUUGUUUUUGUUUUUGUUUUUCGAUGGUCUCGAGGCACAGGUGGUGUGGGUAUAAAAAGGAAUCUCGAUUUUACUUUGCAGCAAAAUGAUGCUUUAUGCUGUGCACCCUUUCCUUAUAAAUAUUCUCUUUAUUAAGAAAGCUGGUUCUGGUGUUAACUCAUUGAAAAAUUACUGUAUCUGCAUGUAUCUGCAAUUCAAAGUGAUCGUGAUCUUAUAAAGUUUUAUAUUUAAAAUUUGUA